AUGGACGUUGAAGACCAUGUCGGUGGUUCCGCGGUGACGUCGGAAGCCACACUGGCUUUCCGAGAGAAGUCUGUGUUCCAGAUGGCCACUGAGACGAUUGAGAAGGAUGCGAGCGAAGACCUUCCUGACGAUAUUGAACAACGGGAUUUCUCCAUGAUUACCACAGAACUGUCGGUUUCCCUUUUCGUUUGUAGAGAUGGACGAUUUUCACGCCAUUGAAAUCCCGGGGAACCUGUCCUUGGCGCCACAUCUCCUGGGAUAUCGUGACAGAGUGCCCAUCAGACGGGGGCCGCCGUAAUUGUAGACUUCAGUUGGGAUCGCGUCGAACACCAUCGCCCUUCGGUUGGACAGCUAGUGCAGGGAUCUGACGGCUUCCGGGAGGGAAGGAAGAAGGUGCAGUUUGUUGUUCCUUUCCGCCGGCGGGAGCCGGUUGAUGGUGGCGUAGGAGAUCGUGGGUUGGCAGUUGAAGGCAUUUCUGAAGUUCUCAAUCCAGUGCUUCAGAAUCAGCGAUUUCGUCGUCUGGAGUGUUGCCCUGUCGGAGCUGAGAUGUGACGCGGCUCCUUUGCUUGUGAGGCUGUAGACCAUCUUGAUUGAUUCGAAGAAUUUUCUCGUUUAAUUGUGGUCCACGUACAUUUGGGUCUCCUCGACUCAGCGAUCCAUACAGGUGGCGACAUCCGGAGUAGGCGGCUUUGGUUGCGUCGGUACUCCCUGUUCAUGUAUGCCUUGUGCACUCUUUUCCUUUCCGUCGGUAGGUUACUGAUCUCCGUUUCAUCUCCAAACCUGCUCUGGUGUUGACGUGUGCGAACGAGGACGGUUAGGGCGAUGGAAUCUUAUGGUUGACACCACCGCUCUCCACAGCGGACCCAUCGUCCGACACUUGUAGGUCUUUCACUCACUUACUCAACUGUUGCUAAAAUCGAAGUGGUCAGCAAGCACAUUAAACAGAACAAUAUUUUAAAUGUGUGAAAAUCCCCAUCACUAUAUUCAGAAGAGAGAGUGGCGAGUGAACGUUCCUUUCGGUAAAUUCUCAUCAGGCCAAUACAAUUACAUAGGGCGGGGUAGAGUGAGUGAUUGCCUUGUGGUCUCCUGUAUGGUCGCAGUCGAAGCCUCAUCUAGGAAAAGACGAGACGAUGAUCCGUUCAGUCAUUGGCGCCAAAGACCACCUUGGUCACCAACGCGUCCUGUCGAUCUCGCCUCCAGACAAGAACGUAGUCCAGCAGCUGUCAGCGCCGCGAUCUGCGUGCAUCCAGGUUGUCUAUUCCCGCGUUGGAAUGUUGAUGAAAGUGUUUGUCAGCAGGAGACGAUGCUCUGUAAGUUUUACAGGAGGAGGAGAAGGGGAAGGAGGAGACUGCUGUCGUUGCAGCCGCCUACUCUCUCGGGAACCAGCACUCUCUCUCAGGCAGCGUGGUCUGCCCCGACGCGGACAAUUAGCUUGUUCGCCUUUGGCAUCUCUAACGGCCUCAGGGAGACGAUCCCACCCGACAGUAGGGACCACUGCUGUUGGAAGCUUUGCCAAUCUCCACACUCGCCAUUUGUUUCUCUGGGACCGUAUCGCUGUCGCCAAAUUCCUUGUAGACACUGGUGCCGAGGUUAGCGUGGUUCCACCAACGCCGGUCGAACGCAAACACUGCAGCUCUUUUUGCCAGCAGCUGCCAAAAACUCCAGUGCCCCACCUUUGGAAAGCGCUCCAUCACACUUGAUUCGGGCCUUCGUCGGAUCUUCCGAUGGGUUUUCAUUAUUGCCGACGUUUUCGUCGCCCUCAUAGGUGCCGAUUUCCUAGCUCACUUCAAUUUAAUGGUUGGUGUGAGGAAUAGCGGGCUCGUCGACUGCAUCACCAACCUUCAUGUCCGUUGUCCAUCCGAUUUGAACCCCUGCGUCAACCCCCUCACUCUUAUGCCCAUAUCUGACUGUCCCCUCCACUUACUCCUCGGGCAGUUGCCCCGCCCGACCAUCCCCUCAUUUCGUGAAGUGGAUAUCAGACACACAGUCACCCACCACAUUUCCACCAGUGGACCUCCCAAAUCUUGCCGACCAUGUCGGCUUGCUUCGGAACGUUCAAAGAUUGUCAAGGCAGAGUUCGAACAAAUGCCUGAGCUCGGCAUCAUCCGACAGUCCGACAGCUGUUUGUCUUCACCUCUCCAUCUUAUCCCAAAGAAGAGCGGCGACCGUGUGGUGAUUAUCGGGCGUUGAACUCAGUGACUGUCCGCGACCAGUAUCCCGCCCCGAACAUCCAAGGCUUCACUCUUUCGCUGUAUGGUAAGCGGAUAUUCUCCAAAAUUGAACAAUCGAGGCCAGUGGUGUGCCAAAAACUGCAGUGACCACUCCUUUUGGGAUGUUCGAAUUCACUUGUAUGCCCUUUGGAGUGAGGACUGCCACUCAAACUUUUCAGCGAUUCAUUUAUCAGGUUCUGCAAGGUCUCGAUUUCGUCUACGCCUACAUUGAUGAUUUGUUGGUGACUAUCUCUGACGAUGCUGAACACAAGGUUCAUCUUCGACAACUCUUCGAGCGACUCGACUCCUUCAGCAUUUUAAUCAAUGCUGUUAAAUGCGAGUUUGGAGUACCCAGCCUAAUUUUUCUGGGUCACGAAGUGGACUCUGGUGGGAUAAAACCCGUGCCUGAAAAGGUUUCAGCCCUAUCAACGUUCCCCGUUUCCACAGCUAUCACCAACUACGUCGCUUCUUGGGGAUGGUGA